AUGGGGCUGCCAUUUCUAAAUCCAUAUUUGAAUGCAAUUGGGGCUCCAAGUUUCAGGAAAGGAUGCAAUUUUGCAGUCUCAGGUUGUACUGUACUUCCAGCUACUGCACAAUCUGUGUGCCCCUUUUCAUCUGGGAUUCAAGUAGCUCAGUUGCUGAGACUCAAAGUUGAGGUUGUUCAAUUGCAAUAUGAGACAAAAGAACUUGACAUAUACCUUCCACCAGAAGAAUAUUUCAGUUAGGGGCUUCACAUGUUUGACAUUGCAAAUGAUCUUAGAGUUGACUAUGAUUCCAUGUCAUUGGAUCAAGUUCUUGAUUUUAUUCAAACAAUUUUAGCAGAAUUUGAAGCUGGAGUUAAGAAAUUAUACAAUCAGGGGGCGUGGAAUUUUUGGGUUCAUAACACGGGUCCUCACGGUUGCAUGGCUCAUACUAUUUCUGUUUUUACACUCCAUAAGAGAAAGAAAAUGCUUUACUUUCACUAUUUCAAUGAAACUGUGAAUCAUAUGCAAACCUAUGUUUGA